AUGAAGAAACACACAGCUAAGGUCUCCCCACUCACUGCCUGCAACAGUCCCGUGCUCUCGCUCACCUGGGUGGAAGGGAAUGACGAGAUUCCGGAGGCUCUGGCACACUUCAGCGAGGACAGCGUGGCACCCUGCUGCUGGCCCAGCCCCCUCAGCAUGCUAGGGAGAGUGGCAGUGGGCCUGGUACUGGCGGUCUGCCUGGCAGGCAGCUGGGCGGGCAUGACGCAACUGGCGAAGGCGGCGCUGCAGGACUUUGAGUCGCCGUUCUUGGUGGCCUGGCACUCGGCCAACUGGAACCUCAUGCUCUUCCCCGGCUACUGCUCCUGCCGCCUGCUGACCUCCGGAGAGAGGGGCCUGCAGCUCAGGCAGCUCAGCCAAUGCAGUAAUUUUCUCAGCCAGGACCCCUUCUCUCUCAGGAGACUCCUUAAGCAGACAGCUCCUUUCUCCAUUCUCUGGACCCUAACUACCUACCUAUACUUCAUGGGUCUGAAGAAAAUCAGCACCACAGAUGCCUCAGCCCUCUUCUGCUGUAAUAAAGCUUUCGUCUUCCUGCUCUCCUGGAUCGUGCUGAAAGACCGGUUUAUGGGUGUCCGGAUUGUGGCUGCGAUCCUCUCCAUCGCCGGGAUCGUGCUGAUCGCCUCGGCGGACGGUUUCCGCCGGGAUUCCGUCGUGGGGGUGGCGCUGGUCGUGGCAUCCGCCUCCACCUCCGCCCUCUACAAGGUCCUGUUUAAGCUCCUACUUGGCAGAGUGAGCUGCAGGGAAGUGGCCCUCUUUCUCACUGCACUGGGUGCCUUCAAUCUCCUCUUCCUCAGCUGGGUCGCUGUCAUCCUGUACGUCACCAGAGUGGAACACUGGCCUUCUGCCAGGGAUGUACCGUGGGAGCAGCUGUGUGGACUGGCUGCCCUCCUCUUAGUAUUCAAUGCUGUGAUCAACUGUGGAGCUACAGUAACCUUCCCUUCCUUGGUGUCGUUGGGAGCAUUUCUGAGCAUACCUGUAAACGCGGUCACUGAUGUUUAUUGCGGUACGAUGCCAGCCCUUGGUGACGUGAGACUAGCCGCCCUACUUGUCCUUUGCCUGGCCUUCUUGCUGCUGCUGCUACCGGAAGAAUGGGACUCCAUCGCCCUGGAUCUCCUGACCAAGCUCAGAGGGAAGACAGCGAAGGGGGGGUCUGGGGCCCAAAAGUGCUGA